AUGAUAGUUUCCUUUAAAUGGAGCAUUCUCUUCAACUUAAUUAUCACCUUAUCCGAGGCUGUCAUUAAACUAUGCCCGAACACGGUGGGUCCUCACCCCAGGCCGGAUAACCUGACAUGUUAUUAUGAACGUGUGCAACAGGCAAUUAAACGCCACCAACUACACAUUGUCGGUUUGAGUGGAAAUCCGCAAAAACUAUUCCUCGAUUGCCCUGUCUGUCCAAAUGAGAACGUGGAAGAUUUCGAAUGGCUGUUUGUCACUCGUGCGAGGAGCGCGCCAAUCUACGAGGCCGGUCCGACAUACUACUACGGAAGCAACUAUGUUUUGAAAAAAGAUGUCACUGGCCUGGUUCCAGAUGUGGACGAGGGGGAUUUGUGCAUGAUCGAAUCGACCAAUGAUCUGUAUGUGUAUGAUGCAGCCAAAAUUCAGCUGCUCCACGGAACAUACGUUUGUCGUUACAAGCCGGAGGAGAGUCACCCUGCAAACUUUAUCUGGCACGAAGUGGAUACGGUCCAUGAUUUGGGGGUGAUAAAAAUUCAGUCACCCAAUGUGCCCGAUUCUACAAAAGUUGAAAGUUACGAACAGCUGAUGCAACUGCAACAGUUGGUCAAGAAAGAUCUCAUAGCGCACCAAGGGGCACCGGACUUGACCAUCGGACCGUUCGUAGUGACCAGUCAAAUACUAGAAGGUGAUAUUUUGAUUGGAGCAUGUGGACCGUUACGAGUGAAACAGCGGAAGAAUUGCUAUGUGCAACUGCCAACGGAGGAACCGGAUUUCGCUAAUAAAACCGACGAAAUGUACGCUUAUCGUGUGUUACGCGAUGCUUUUGACUUUCUUGUGAGCGGACCGGGCUACACGGAUAAGGGUGGACAGCGUAUC